AUGGCGGAGACGGAGUCGUAUCAGAAGCCGGAAGACUACUCGGUCGGCGAGACUGCUAGUACUAUUAAUGUGAAGUUUUUGAGCUCAACCGCAGUUGGUGUCACGCUAUAUUUCUUGUCCGGGUUAACUUUAACGGGGACGUUGUUAGCGCUGAUCGUGGUUACACCGGCUGUGGUGUUGUUUAGUCCGAUUCUGAUUCCGGCUGGGGUAUUCGUGUUCCUAGUCGGAGCUGGUUUUGUGUUGUCGGCGGUGGGUGCAAUAUGGGCGUCAUCCAUGUUGUUUAAGUAUGCGUCCAAGAAGAAGAACUGGACGCAGUUUUUAUUUGAUCUGGGGCUUAGUCUUGUGAGGAAGUACUUGAAGAUGAGAUUCGGGUGGAUUGGUUGGUUAUGGCCUUUGUGGGAGUGGAUUAAGUAA